AUGGCUGAUGAGUUAGCACAGUUUGGUCCACGGGUCAAUGUCGGGAGCCUUCUGUCGAGUGAGCUAGAUGACAAGGUUGAGACGCUCGCGACUCGCGAGUGGUCAUUCGCCUACAGAAAUGGCCCUCGUCGGGUGAUCCUCGACUUUGGCCCCUUCGAUGAGCAAGUGUUGAUGAUUUUAGUGCUGUGGACGUUGGUAACAGCGGCGUUCAUAGGGAUCGCUGAGGGCCAUCGCCACCACCGGCGGGCAGGUGGUGCGACGGAGCUAGAAGCCUUCCACUAUGCGGCGGCAGGGGCAAGAGGAUGCCGGGCCCACGUGGCCAGCCUGACGGACUUCGACGGGGUGGGCGACGGGGUGACCUCCAACACGGCGGCCUUUGCGGCGGCCGUGACCAACCUCAGUAAGGUGGCGUACGAUGGCGGCGCGAUGCUGGUGGUGCCGGCCGGCCGGUGGCUCACCGGGCCCUUCAACCUCGCCGACCACUUCACCCUCUUCCUCGACCACGACGCCGUCAUCCUCGCCACUCAGGUCCGCCUCCCUCCUCCGCCCCCUUCCCCCACCUUCUCCUCCAUCUAUUUCGUUGUAGAGUGCAUGUUCAUAAUCGUUCAUGGCUUGUUUGCCAUUACCAUCGCCUCUAUCAUCUGCGUUGCCUUCAUCCUCGGUGGGAAUAAUGGAACUAUCGAUGGACAAGGUGAAACCUGGUGGAAAAUGUUCCGUAAUAAAGAACUCAAUUACACUCGUGGAUACCUCAUUGAAUUGAUGUACUGCAAACAAGUGCUGAUUUCCAACAUUACAUUGGUUAACUCUCCAUCGUGGAAUGUCCAUCCAGUGUACAGCAGCCACGUAAUCGUCUCAGGCAUCACAAUUCUUGCACCGGUCAACUCUCCCAACACUGAUGGGAUCGAUCCAGACUCAUCCUCCAAUGUCCGCAUUGAGGACUGCUACAUAGUCUCAGGCGAUGACUGCAUCGCCAUUAAAAGCGGUUGGGAUGAGUACGGGAUUGCAUUCAACAUGUCAAGCAAACACAUAGUGAUCAGACGGCUCACCUGCAUCUCCCCCACGAGCGCUGUCAUCGCCCUGGGAAGCGAGAUGUCGGGAGGAAUCCAAGAUGUCCGGGCCGAAGACAUCACGGCCAUCCACUCCGAAUCCGGCGUCAGGAUCAAGACGACCAUCGGAAGGGGAGCUUACGUGAAGGACAUAUUCGUGAGAAGAAUGAAUCUGCACACAAUGAAGUGGGUCUUCUGGAUGACGGGCACCUACGGGCAGCACCCGGACGACAAAUUUGAUCCGAAAGCCAUUCCGGUGGUGCAGAAUAUCAGUUACAGCAACGUGGUGGCCGAGAACGUGACCAUGGCCGCGAAGCUGGAGGGGAUUCCCGGCGCGCCCUUCACCGGAAUAUGCAUCUACAAUGUGACGGCGGAGGUGGUGAAGUCGAAGAAGCCGAUUUGGAACUGCACCGACGUGGAGGGCGUAUCGAGUCACGUGACGCCCACUCCCUGUGCGCAGAUUCCGGAAUAUCCAGAUCGUAUAACGCAUUGCCCCUUCCCUGAAGAUGAUCUACCUGUGAAUGGUGUUGGGCUAGAGGAGUGUGCUUAUCAGAGAGCCAAACCAUGA